AUGGCACUGGGACUGCUGAUCCUGCUGGGAUCCCUCCUGGUUAUUACCUAUUUGGUCCUGCAGAGGCACUUCUCCUAUUGGCGGCGAAGGGGAGUACCUGAGAUCAAGCCCAAAUGGAUAGUGGGCAACCUGAUGGGACUACUCAACAUGCAAAAGAGUCCCGCUGAGUUUAUACAACAGCUAUAUAAUCAUCCCGAGGCGGAGAACGAACCCUUCGUGGGCAUCCACGUCUUCCAUAAGCCGGCCCUGCUGUUGAGGGACCCCGACAUGGUCAGGAAUAUCCUAGUCAAAGACUUUGGGGGAUUCUCCAAUCGGUACUCGAACUCUGAUCAUAAGGGAGAUCCCUUGGGAUCCCAGAACAUCUUCUUCCUGAAGAAUCCCGCCUGGAAGGAGGUGCGUCUGAAGCUCUCGCCGUUUUUCACCGGCAAUCGACUGAAGCAGAUGUUCCCGCUGAUCGAGGAGGUGGGUGCCAGCCUGGAUGCCCAUCUUCGCCAGCAGCCGCUGCACAAUGAGAGGAUGCGCUGUUUCGAUUUGGAGGCCAAGGAGCUGUGUGCCUUGUUUACCACGGAUGUGAUAGCCACUGUGGCCUAUGGAGUGAAGGCAAAUAGUUUCACCGAUCCGAAGGGAGAGUUUCGUCGUCAUGGACGAUCCGUAUUUGAAUUUAGUCUUCUGAGGGCAGCGGAGUUCACCCUGGUUUUCUUUCUGCCCCACAUGGUUCCCUUCUUCGGAUUCAAGGUCGUUCCCCAGGAGGCCACCCAUUUUCUGCGCCAGACCAUCAACUAUGUGAUGACGGAGAGGGAAAAAUCUGGACAGAAACGCAACGAUUUGAUUGACAUCCUCAUUGAGUUUAGAAGAAGCACUCAGGAGGCCCAGGCCUCGGGAAUAAAGGAUCAGUUUGUGUUCGAGGGCGACAUUCUGGUUGCCCAGGCGGUGCUAUUCUUCACCGCCGGCUUCGAGUCCUCCUCCUCCACGAUGGCCUUUGCCCUGUACGAGCUGGCCAAGGAUGCGGAUGUCCAGCAGCGCUUGAGGGAGGAGAUCAAGGAGGCCCUAAUUGAAAGUGGUGGUCAGGUAACUCUUAAAAUGAUCGAAUCGCUGGAGUUCAUGCAGAUGAUCCUACUGGAGGUGCUGCGAAUGUAUCCACCAUUACCGUUUUUGGAUCGGGAGUGCACUUCUGGCGGGGAUUACUCGCUGGCUCCGUUCAGCAACUUUGUGGUGCCCAAGGGAAUGCCUGUCUACAUACCCUGCUAUGCCCUGCACAUGGAUCCUCAGUACUUCCCGCAACCACGGAAAUUCCUGCCGGAAAGGUUCUCCCCGGAGAAUCGAAAGCUCCACACUCCCUACACCUACAUGCCCUUCGGCCUGGGUCCGCAUGGAUGCAUCGGCGAACGGUUUGGAUUCCUCCAGGCGAAGGUGGGUCUGGUCUAUCUGCUGCGAAACCACUCGAUAACCACAUCCGAACGCACACCACAUCGCAUGCAACUGGAGCCCAAGGCCAUUAUUACCCAGGCCAAGGGAGGCAUCCAUAUACGAUUGGUCCGCGAUCCCCUGGGCAUCUAA